AAAAUUAUAAGAAAAACUUUGACUAGAGGGUACCCAACGCCUUAGUCAUGAAACUCCAUCGCUGGUGGCAUUAUAAUUGCGGGAGAUAAUACCCCAACGAACUCCCCUUACUGGGGUGAGUCAUUGUGGAAUCGGAUUCUAGGUAAUCCCUCGACUGCCGUGACGUCCGAAUGAAUUUGUAAGCUUAGAAAACCCCUCGGCCCCACCAGGGUAAUCCCCAAUCAGAUUACGAUUUUCGAGAUCUUCCAGCUCGAUCUCUCGCUUGUCACCUUUUUGUGGCUGUGCGGCUCGCUUAUAGUCGUUAGUUGUAAACAAAUCUACCAAUUAGACGAGAUGGAGCGGCUAGGAGCAAAUGAGAUUGAGACAGAGUCAGAGUCAAGAAAACCAGUCACGUAUUGUUACUGCCAAUUACAAAAGUUCGUAUCUCGAUCUCGGCGGUCAUCGGGGUCAGCAAUCUACAUAUACUCAAACAAAGAUACAGAUACUCCCUACGAAUCCGACUCAGAGGCGGAAUCGGAGGAGCAGCAGAGGCGGUCGUAUCCCCACCGCGACGAAGACCAGCUAAACUCGGCCACCAACUUGGUUUUGGCACAGAACUACAAGUACGACGUGGAGAUCCUGGAAUCCGGGGAUGCCGACCAAGACGACAGUAGCAUGGACGACGUGGACGAUCUGGAGGAGCGCUUCAAGGGUCGCGGUGUGGUGUUCAACACGGACACCGAGACCUUCGCUUCCGAGAACAUCGAGAUGAGCCCGGUCGACGUGCAAGCGAAUGCGGUUAGCCAGGGACACGUGCUGCUCGGCAUCGUGGUGGUGGCACUGGCCUUGGUCUCCAUCUGCCUGUACGCCGGCCUAGUCAUAUGGCGCUCGCACCUGGAGCAGCGGUAUGGAAUGCGCGAACGGCUGGUCAACCGGGACUUGGAGGAGGAAGCGGGUGGUGCCGACGACGUCGAUUAUCAUGUCUAUGCCCCGACCACGACGCCAGCUACGCCUAGGGCGUAGUCCGCUCGAAAUCUGGUCCGAUUUGAUCCGAUCUGGUGGGCUUCAAUUGGACCUGGUCUCGGUUUAAAGUGCACACUCACCACACAAUUCAGUUCAGACGAGACGAGUCGAGACGAGAAGACAAUUCAUCGCAGCCACAUAGAGGAUGGAGGAUGGAGAGAGGGCGCUCAAUCGUCUAAUGAAUGCCAUAAAAUUCCACGACAAGCUGAAAAGCAUUCCGCUUCCCAAUUACACUCUAUUGGCGUUGCUAAAGGUCACGCCGAUAUCUAACAGCGCAGUUGACAAGCCCAAUUAGUUAGUAAGUUUCUGUGAUAUUGUUCUAGAGAUUCUUUUGUACGUCCUUGCACUAACAAUAUGCAUAGAACCCGCGUUGGUAAUCGAUAAUAAAAACUACUUGUAUAUGUAA